CCUGCGGAGCCCUAAGUGAGCUCGCGGCGGGUAACGGAGGAAGGGGCGCCGCCGGCGGGGCGGGGGCGCGCAGCCGGAAUGUUUUGAUUGCGGGCGCGCGCAGACGGGGGCGCGCGCGGGCGCCGGGGCCGCGCGCGAGGUUGUCCGCUGUUGGGAGCUGCCAGCCCUUGGCCUGGGGCCGGGCGACCCUGGGGCGAGGUGGACUCCGGUCCACGGUCGCCGCGGCUGGGUGUGGGGAGGCAAGCCAGCCCACCCGGGCUAUCAGCUGUAAGGCUGACUCGAUCCCCGCAACAUCCGCAGGAACCCCUGAGCCCAGGCCCAGCCGGCCGGGGCUCCACGGGCCCUGGUCCGUACUGACCCUGUGAGUGGUGACUUCCCUGAGGGGCAGGGCUCUCAGUAGCCCAGGGAAUCCCACCGGGGCCAGGCUGGGCCAAGAUCCACGGCCCCCAGGGGCUGCACGGACAGCAGCUGCAGAGCAUCGAAGGCUGGAGAGGAGCACAUACUGUCCAUGGAGCUGGUGGUCAAGGUGGACAGGGGGCGGUGGUGAUGGCGCAGUUUGACACUGAAUACCAGCGCCUAGAGGCCUCCUAUAGUGAUUCACCCCCAGGGGAGGAGGACCUGUUGGUGCACGUCGCCGAGGGGAGCAAGUCACCUUGGCACCAUAUUGAAAACCUUGACCUCUUCUUCUCUCGAGUUUAUAAUCUGCACCAGAAGAAUGGCUUCACAUGUAUGCUCAUUGGGGAGAUCUUUGAGCUCAUGCAGUUUCUCUUUGUGGUUGCCUUCACUACCUUCUUGGUCAGCUGCGUGGACUAUGACAUCCUAUUUGCCAACAAGAUGGUGAACCACAGUCUUCACCCUACCGAACCCGUCAAGGUCACUCUGCCAGACGCCUUUUUGCCUGCUCAAGUCUGUAGUGCCAGGAUUCAGGAAAAUGGCUCCCUUAUCACCAUCCUGGUCAUUGCUGGUGUCUUCUGGAUCCACCGGCUUAUCAAGUUCAUCUAUAACAUUUGCUGCUACUGGGAGAUCCACUCCUUCUACCUGCAUGCUCUGCGCAUCCCUAUGUCUGCCCUUCCGUAUUGCACAUGGCAGGAAGUGCAGGCCCGGAUCGUGCAGACACAGAAGGAGCAUCAGAUCUGCAUCCAUAAACGUGAGCUGACAGAACUGGACAUCUACCACCGCAUCCUCCGUUUCCAGAACUACAUGGUGGCACUGGUUAACAAAUCCCUCCUGCCUCUGCGCUUCCGCCUGCCUGGGCUCGGGGAAGCCGUCUUCUUCACCCGUGGCCUCAAGUACAACUUUGAGCUGAUCCUCUUCUGGGGUCCUGGCUCUCUGUUUCUCAAUGAAUGGAGCCUCAAGGCCGAGUACAAACGUGGGGGGCAACGGCUAGAGCUGGCCCAGCGCCUCAGCAACCGCAUCCUGUGGAUUGGCAUUGCUAACUUCCUGCUGUGCCCCCUCAUCCUCAUAUGGCAAAUCCUGUAUGCCUUCUUCAGCUAUGCUGAGGUGCUGAAGCGGGAGCCGGGGGCCCUGGGAGCACGCUGCUGGUCACUCUAUGGCCGCUGCUACCUCCGCCACUUCAACGAGCUGGAGCACGAGCUGCAGUCCCGCCUCAACCGUGGCUACAAGCCUGCCUCCAAGUACAUGAAUUGCUUCUUGUCACCUCUUUUGACACUGCUGGCCAAGAAUGGAGCCUUCUUCGCUGGCUCCAUCCUGGCUGUGCUUAUUGCCCUCACCAUUUAUGACGAAGAUGUGUUGGCUGUGGAACAUGUGCUGACCACCGUCACACUCCUGGGGGUCACCGUGACCGUGUGCAGGUCCUUUAUCCCGGACCAGCACAUGGUGUUCUGCCCUGAGCAGCUGCUCCGCGUGAUCCUCGCUCACAUCCACUACAUGCCUGACCACUGGCAGGGUAAUGCCCACCGCUCGCAGACCCGGGACGAGUUUGCCCAGCUCUUCCAGUACAAGGCAGUGUUCAUUUUGGAAGAGUUGCUGAGCCCCAUUGUCACACCCCUCAUCCUCAUCUUCUGCCUGCGCCCACGGGCCCUGGAGAUUAUAGACUUCUUCCGAAACUUCACUGUGGAGGUCGUUGGUGUGGGAGAUACCUGCUCCUUUGCUCAGAUGGAUGUUCGCCAGCAUGGUCAUCCCCAGUGGCUAUCUGCUGGGCAGACAGAGGCCUCAGUGUACCAGCAAGCUGAGGAUGGAAAGACAGAGUUGUCACUCAUGCACUUUGCCAUCACCAACCCUGGCUGGCAGCCACCACGUGAGAGCACAGCCUUCCUAGGCUUCCUCAAAGAGCAGGUUCAGCGGGAUGGAGCAGCUGCUAGCCUCGCCCAAGGGGGUCUGCUCCCUGAAAAUGCCCUCUUUACGUCUAUCCAGUCCUUACAAUCUGAGUCUGAGCCCCUGAGCCUUAUUGCAAAUGUGGUAGCUGGCUCAUCCUGCCGGGGCCCUCCACUGCCCAGAGACCUGCAGGGCUCCAGGCACAGGGCUGAAGUGGCCUCUGCCCUGCGCUCCUUCUCCCCGCUGCAACCCGGGCAGGUGCCCACAGGCCGGGCUCACAGCACCAUGACAGGCUCUGGGGUGGAUGCCAGGACAGCCAGCUCUGGGAGCAGCGUGUGGGAAGGACAGCUGCAGAGCCUGGUGCUGUCAGAAUACGCGUCCACAGAGAUGAGCCUGCAUGCCCUCUAUAUGCACCAGCUCCACAAGCAGCAGGCCCAGGCUGAACCUGAGCGGCAUGUAUGGCACCGCCGGGAGAGUGAUGAGAGUGGAGAAAGCGCCCCUGAUGAAGGGGGAGAGGGCGCCCGGGCCCCCCAGUCUAUCCCUCGCUCUGCCAGCUAUCCCUGUGCAGCACCCCGGCCUGGAGCUCCCGAGACCACCGCCCUGCACGGGGGCUUCCAGAGGCGCUACGGCGGCAUCACAGAUCCUGGCACAGUGCCCCGGGCUCCCUCUCAUUUCUCUCGGCUGCCUCUUGGAGGGUGGGCGGAAGACGGGCAGUCGGCAUCAAGGCACCCUGAGCCCGUGCCCGAAGAGGGUUCGGAGGAUGAGCUACCCCCUCAGGUGCACAAGGUAAGGGCCCCGGAGCCCAGGAAAAACUGCCAGAAAUCAUAACUUCCAGGGUGAGGUAACAGCUUUUCAGGGGAAAGAAGGUAUGCCCCACCCACACACAGAGAUACUGCACCCUCCCCUCCAAAAUACACUAACCCUUCUUUUCUCAACUGCUCUGCAGGGCUUGGUUUUUCCUUCCGUUGCCUCCCCAGGAAUCAACCUUUCCUGUCCCUUUACCUCUAGGUUUCUAUGGGGCUAGCAGAUAUCAAACAGUAGCUGAAGACUAUCUCCAUUACCAACCCUUUCUCUCCACAGGUAUAGACAAGGCUGAGCAGGGUUCCUAUGGCCCAGGAUGGAGGCCACCGCUGCCCUGCCAUCCCGUCUGCCUGCCAUGGGACGGCUCCUCUGAGUGUUGCCUGGCCCCACGUGUGUGGUGUUUGUGUGUCUGUGCCUGGCCAAGGGAGGUGCCAACACUGGGCUUGCCACAGCCCCAGGAGAGGAAUUUGGGGCCUAGGAACCGAGGGCACACAGGACUCUAGCCUCAUCCCCGGGACCCCCUUGGCUCAGAGUGUGGUGCUAGAAACCGGUCCCCAGCCCAGCCCCAGUACUGCCACCUUUACACUUACCCCUGCAAGUCCCCAGAGGGCUGCCCACGAUAGAAGCUGCCAAGCAGGGAGAACCUGUGCCAACUGUGGAGGGGGGAGGUUGGGCCUGGACCCUCAACUCCUGCAACUUUCCCUAGCCCCCUCAAUAGAUGAGCAGGUCAGGCUGUGGCCCUUACCUCACCCGCAGUUCUCGCCCAGUGCUGCAGCCGGCUCACCUCUCUCCGCUUCCUGCACAUCACUGGCCUGUGUGUGCUGCUUGCUCCUGUUCUGUUCGCUUGCUCCCAUUCCGUUCGGCUUUUGCUUUGCGUUAGGGUGAAGACCCUAGCUUCCAGCUCCCCUCAACGCUAUAUUUUGACACUAAGAAAGAAGGUUUCUAAAUUAUAGGAGCAGGAUGGAAAUACUUUGCUGCCCUUUCCACCUUUUAGGAUGGGCCCCCAGGAGACUGAGGUCUUCCUGGGCCCUCACUGCUGCUUAUCAUACCCCCCAUCAUCUGCACAUGGGACAGACCAGGCUGGAGGGUGACCUCGGCUGUGUAUGUCCCAGCAAAAGAGCUCUGGCCCGCAUCUCGCUGUCCCCUGGAGGGGGAUGAAGGGCGAUGCCUUGCCCGAGGCUUUGGGCUGCUGCACUGCAUGCUGGGACUGCUCCUACUCUCUGUCCCACCCCUCACCCAGCUGUGGUCGGCUUUGGGAGAGUGGUGAAUUGCGCUGCCCGAACUCGGAGCGGAGCAGGGUAGGGACGUGUACAGCUUGAUAACCCUUAAUAAAAAGGGAGUUUGACCAGA